CCGUCAUCUUGUUUAUACCUUGAUGCACUGUCCCAGGUGCAAUUUCCACCAUGUUGGUAGGCAAAUAGACUGGCCUUGGCUCAGUGCGAUCAUCGGAGGGUAAACUCAAGAGUCAAGACUCAACGUCUCGCCCCCUGCUGGGCCUGGGCGACUGGCCACUGAUGUCGAGCGAGAGUGCCCCAUCCAGGCAUGCCCAGCCGACGAAAGCGAUCAUGGGGUUGCAGGUCCCCCGGCGGCAGGGGAGAUAUGCUAGCCCCAGCAUGUCUUGGUUGGCAGGCGUGGCAGGGCAGAGCAGGGCAGAGCGGUACCUAUGUUACCACGCUCCUUUAGGACAAUACCAGGGCGACCACGGCGAAAGGAGAACUUGCGAUCACAAGAGUCCAGGACGCAAGCUCGACGAAAGGACCCAGAAUGGACGAGGAAAACAGGAACGGGAAGCGCUACGACGGCCAACCCGUUGCUGAAGAGAGCAAAACAGCGAGGAUGGAGACGACGAAA